GGACGACAGAUAUACGAAGGAGGUGACAAAGAGGGAUUAUGCACCGGAGUCAGAAUGGAAGAACUGGAUAUGGAGAUCGGAAGGAGAUCUGUUCAUCAACGGAAUGUAAUUGCACCAAACCAGGAGUCCUUCUUCAGUCCGCACUUGUACUCCGGGAAGACCUGCAAAGCCCCGAGGUGGAACUCGGGGCCUUUGUGAGGUAUCCACGUGGCUUGCUUAGCAGGACAAUCGGAGCCUGACAUGUCUAUCCAGACGAUUAUUUCGGGAUUGGGAAUUUGAGAGGUAUUCAGAUGCACGGAUGUCCACCAUACUUGUUGUGCCACUUGUCAUAAGGAAUCAGGUGCGGGCAUGCUUAUUGUCAUUGUCAUGCAGCUAUUUGAGCAGGGAGCUUUGGAUUCAUUUCUCACUUCGGUCAUAAAGGAAUUACUGUAGC